CUGGCAAAUCCAAUGCAUGCAUUUCAUGACUGCAUGUUGUUGUUUCAUCAGACUGCACUGUUGACUACUGGGCUGAGGAUGUGCGGGAGGACUGCAUGCACCCUCGCGGCAGAUGAAGUCAGCCGCGCCUCCCAGUACAGAGACCGAGGAGGGCGGCGUCGACAUCCAAGGUGGAAAGAUGGAAAUUCGGAUAAGUACCGACCUUCCUACAACAAGAGCCCCCAGUCCUUGAGCCCAGUCUUGUUGUCCCAAAGACAUUUUGAUAAGGUAAGUAUAGAUGUGCAACUGAAGCAGAUCAACUGAUCCUGGCCAGGGGGGCUGGAUGUUUAUUUUGGGGUGCGUCAUUUGCGCACUGCCUGGAGGAAAAUAUUUGUGUAUUAACCAGAUGGUUCCCAUCCAACCCUUUUCUCUCAGAAUGCCCCAGUGGAUGAAUGUGUGCUGGCAGUGAUGCGUUGGGGCCUGGUGCCUGCCUGGUUCCGGGAGAAUGACCCAAGCAAGAUGCAGUACAGCACCAACAACUGUCGCAGUGAGAGCCUGCUAGAGAAGAAGUCCUACAAGGUGUGGAGUGAGUUUGAUUCAUCGCCACAUGAAAUGCACAUAACUCAUUAUCAACAGGGACAGCAUGCAUCCUCAAACGGUUUCCCUGUGUAGUAGUGAAUAUUUGUAUACUAUUUCGUUUCAGGAUCCGCUGUUGAAAGGACAGCGCUGUGUCAUCCUGGCUGAUGGCUUUUAUGAAUGGAGGAGGCAGGAGAAAGACAAGCAGCCCUUCUUCAUCUAUUUCCCCCAGACUCAAGGACCCGCUCAUGUGAAAACAGAGGACCAGGAUGAGGGGAUACCCUUUAAGGAGGAUCCACAGACAUGCACUUCUGAGGAAGGCUCUGUAGACCAGAAAGAGGUGAGCUGCUGACACACACUCAUGGACCAUGCAUCACUGAGCAAACACAGAAAACUGACAACAUUCAGAGUAAGAUGCUUGAGUCUGAUGACACUGAUGAUAUCCCCCAUCCUUUUCCCUUUUUUGCCUCAAAAACACCUUAUCACACUUUUUGACUCCAUUCAGACCCAUUUGUAAACUUUCUUUGUUUUUAGACUGCAGUAAUGAAAUAAUGUGAGCAUUGCCUUUUGACCAUAUAUACCUUGCCUAUUUGUGUGUCUGUCUUGUGUAGGAGGACAAAGGAGACUGUGAGUGGAGAGGAUGGCGGUUGCUGACCAUUGCAGGACUGUUUGACUGCUGGACUCCCCCUAGUGGUGGAGAUCCCCUCUACACCUACACUGUGAUCACUGUGGAUGCAUCCCCUAAUCUUCAAGGCAUCCAUGACCGGUAAGGGCCUCAGUCUCAAGCAUUACUCUCUCUUUGUGUAAAUUGAGUAUGUUCUGUGUAUAUGAGCGUUUGUGUAUGAUGUAGAAUUACCAAUGAUUGUGAUUAACAUACAGGAUGCCAGCGGUUCUCGAUGGAGAGGAGGAGGUCAGAAGAUGGCUGGAUUUUGGUGCGGUGAAGUCAUUAGAUGCCCUUAAACUGCUUCAGUCCAAAAAUACACUGACCUUUCACCCUGUCUCCUCAUUUGUCAACAACUCUCGAAACAACUCCCCUGAGUGCCUGCAGCCAGUGGAUCCUCAGGCUAAGAAGGUACAACUGCAUGACAUUUUACAUUUACAUUUUAGUCAUUUAGCAGACGCUCUUAUCCAGAGCGACUUACAGUUAGUGAGUGCCUCAUGACCUCACUACAUACCCAUAUUUGAGAUGUCUGAUGAUGUGUUCCAAUCAUUGAAUAGCUCAUGAUCAUUAGAAAGGUUAUCCCAGACCGAACACUUCACAUAUUUACCCCAAAUCUAGAUUGAAAUCCUUGGAAGAGGAAAAAUUGAUAAUGGGCUCCAUACCAUACUACAUGUUCCUCCCUGCUGCCACUUACCCCUCAUCAUAUGCCCUUCCUUCCCCAGGAGCCCAAGCCCUCAGCCAGCAGUAAGAUGAUGAUGGGCUGGCUGAAGAGCAGCACGCCUCCCAAGAGGAAAGAGCCAGACAUUGGGGAAGUCAAAAAGGAGGGGCACACAGGAGAGACCGGGCCUGAGAAGCAGCUGAAGGCUGCAGGGCCUCUCCAACAGUGGCUGCAGGGAGCCAAUAAGAAACCCAGGACCAACUGAGUGGGACAGAAACAUUGACUGACUGAAAAGAGAAGGGAACAGGUUAAAAAAUGUAGGCUUUGUCUUGAUAUUGCUGUGUGUUGAUAGACAUGUAAGACAGGAAAUGGUUUCUGAUUAUUUUUGUAUCUGUCUGGUAUUGGUUAAAGAUGAUAAAGUUAUUAAACAUUUUACAGAUUUUGAUGGUUCUGGCAAGUGUUCGCCUUCACAAGUGCCCAAUUUUGAUAUUUCUGUACGAGCAGUAGACUGAAGAAUAGAAAUACAGAGUGAGUGCCCCCAUGCAAAACAAAAAAUGUCAAUGUAUACUAUAGAUUAUGUGCUGAACAAAAAUAUAAACCCAACAUGCAACAAUUUAAAAGAUUUUAGAGUUACAGUU